AUGCAUAAAAAAAAAUCUCCUGUCCCCCCACCUUUAAGAUUUUCGAAUUGUUUCUUAAAAUCUGCCGAUCGAAAAUCACAAAAAAUCCAAAAGCUCAAAUCUGAAUGUUUUUUCUUGUUUUUUGAGACUUUUCCCAGUAAGACGAACAAGAAAGACAUUGGCUAG